AUGUCACAGCCUCGGGGUGGAUCUGGUUGCAUAGGGAGUAGCCAACUUGCCCCUGGUUUGUCAUUGGAGAAGAGGUGCCGAAGACGUGAGGUGAACUUGGAAGAAAUGACCAACCAGCAUGCAGAAAUUGUUGACUUUGAUGAGGACAUUGCGGAGUUAGUAGGUGACGUUGGUGGAGCGAAGUACACUUUUGAGCCGAUUGUCUCUCUGGGUGGGCGUAUACAUUCGAUGAAAUUCACCUCUUGGAGAGCUUCUGAAGUGAGGACGAAAUGGGGAGAAUUUGGAGGAUUCUGCAAAUCGAUAUGA